AUUCUGAAGAAAACUCUGCAAAGAAUAAGAAAAUGUCAGUAGAAAAUGUAUGCCGACUAUGCGGUUUAAAAUUAUCAUUAUCACAACUGAAAACUGUAAAAGAAUUGAAGAAUGAACAAAUGGAUUUACUAAUUUUCCAAUAUUUAAAAAUAAAAAUUACUGAAAUUAAUGAAUUUCCAACAACAGCUUGUAAAAUAUGCUGUAAAGUUUUAUUCGAUUUUGAUCAAUUCUGUAUUAAAGUUAAAGCUACUCAACAAAAAUUCCAAUCAACACUUUCAAAUUCAGAUAUUAAGUUAGAAAAUGAAUCAAACUUAUAUUGUAACGAAAUUGAUUCGAAUUAUGUUAAAACUGAAGAUGAUUACGGUAAUGAUUAUGAUAGCUUUGACCAUUAUGUGGGUAAUUUUGGCAACGAAAGUGACUCUGAUACCCUGGCAGAAAAUUCUACUGUAACGAACGAUAAUAAAUCAGAUAUUGAAUCAAAAGAUAUUAAAAAAAUUGAAAAAUUCGAUGAAAAAGUACCGUUAAAUAACGACAAUAAAAAACGUAAACGUAUGCAAUAUAAAUGUUACAAAUGUGAUUAUAUGGUACGGAGUCCUGAAAGUUUACAGGAUCAUUUUCAAUUAAUACAUAAUGCUGAACCUGAAUACGUAUGUACUGUAUGUAAUGCAUUAUUUAAUAAUUUACAAGAGUUUGAAAAUCAUGAACAUGUUGGAAAGAAACGUAAAGUUUAUCCAUGUGAAUUUUGUGGAAAACAAUUUUAUAAUUCCACGAACAUUAAGGCACAUCGUAAUUUACAUUUAGGUAUUAAGCCAUUCGAAUGUGAAAUUUGUGGUAAAAAGUUUCGAUUAAAACGACAUAAAGAAGUGCAUAAAAUUACGGUAUGUUCAAAACAAAUAACGGAAAGCGAUUCUAAAACUGAUGAAGAAAACGAAAUGAAACUAAAUGAUAUUGAUGAAAAAUAUGAUAUGGAAACUUCAACAACAACAAAUGAGAUGCAACCAGAAUUUAAAUCGAAAUGGAAAUGUGAAAAAUGUGAUGAAUAUUUCCAUAAUCAACAUAUUCUACAAAAACAUAUAAAAAACGUUCAUGAGAUUAAAAAUCCUGAAUAUAAUUGUAACGAUUGUUGUGAAACAUUUGAUAAUAACGAAGAAUAUGAGAAACAUUUGAAAGAAGCACAUGGUAUUACAUCUAAAAAGAAUCGAUCUACAUUUAAAUGUGAUAAAUGUUCGAAGGAAUUUAAUCAUAGUGCUAAUUACCGGGCACAUUUAUUAAUUCAUUCAGGAAUCAAAAAAUUUGCUUGUGACAAAUGUGGAAAGAAAUUUACAUUAAAAAAUCAUUUAGUAGCGCAUUCGUUAACACAUUUAAAAUCUACGACAGAAAAUGGCGUUAAAUGUAACCAAUGUGAUAAAAUUUGUAAAAAUCACGUAGCAUUACAAUUUCAUUUAAAAGCUCACAUUCCACCGGAAGAAAAAUACAAAUUUAAAUGUGAUAUUUGUGAUAAGAAAUUCGUUAGCCUUGAAAAUUAUGAAAAGCAUCAAUAUUUAGUACAUGAAAAGGAAAAAGAAAAAGAAUCCAUUUGCGAUCAAUGUGGAAAAGUAUUUAAAAAUAAACAUCAGCUGGCCUCACAUUUAAAUUCACAUAUUGAUAUGACAUUAAAAUGUGAUGAAUGUCCAAAAAUAUUUAAGAGUGCAGCCGGAUUAAAACGACAUAAAUUUGUUCAUACGGGUGAAAAACGUUAUGAAUGUGAAGUAUGUGGAAAGAAAUUUAGUUUACGUGCUCAAUUGACUGUACACGCUUCAAUACAUGUUGAAGAAUUGCCAUACGAAUGUAGUUAUUGUAAGAAACGUUUUCGACAAAAAUAUUAUCUUAAGACACAUUUACGACAGCAUACUGGUGAACGUCCAUAUUCAUGUCUUGAGUGUAAUCAUUUCUUUGCAAACGAUUCAAAUUUCAUAAAACAUUUGAAAGGUAAACAUGGUUUACGUAAUUUUUCAAUACAGAAUCAACAUCGGUAUCCAUUUGUUACAAAUUAA